GGUUGGCGGCUUUGCGGGGAGUUCGCGGCGGCGAGCGGCGGCGUCUCCUCCUCCUCCACCUCCUUCUCCUCCUCCUCCUCCUCCUUCUUCCCCCCCGCUCCGCGGCCCCGGUACCCGCCCCCACCCGCCCGCUCCCGGCCUCUGCGCGCCGCCCGCCCGCCCGGGCCGCGCCGGAUCGCGACGCCCUGCGGCGAGGGCGGGCGGCGGCAGCGGCGGCAGCAGCAGCAGCGGCGGCGGCGGCGGGGGCGCCUCAUCCCCAUCCCGCAGCCGGGGCGGCUACCGAGUGAAGGGCGGCGCUGACGCAGCAGCGUGGAGCCCGGGACUCGGUCGCCCCGGGAGGGUUCCCGUCGUUGGAUCUCUUUCCCCAGCCGGGGCCUGCGGCAGCCCCGCGGCGCGGGAGCGCGCCCCGGAUUGGACAUUGAUCCUAUGACGCAUGCCCGGAAGAAACAACUUUUCCUUCUGAAACAUCCAGCUGGUGCUGCUGGCCAAGCUUCAUCACCAACAGGCAGCAGGAGGAUGGACAGGACCGACGCAGAGUGUGGUGAGCAGAGAGACAGAGAUGCCACCGAGGCUCCGAACUGUCCAAGUGGGUUUGUGGGGACAAACAAAAGCAAGAAUUUGCAUGAAGUGCGAAAGACAUACCCACUGCGGAGACGUCUCCUCCCCUCAGUGAACAAAAAGACCUGCAAAGUGCUCCUUACCAGGCUGGAGGAUGUGGCUGGAUCUCUGUCGAAACAGACUCAGAGCUGUAAAAAAAAGGACCUUCCCAGUUGGAUGGAGGGUUUGGGACCUGCUUUGUUCUCCGAACAAGUUCAGCCUGUGGGAGGAGGGAAGAGUGAUUCAUCUGGGGAAAAGUGCACAAUAACUUACCCAGGGACAGAGCAAGACCUUGAUACUGCUCCUUCCGAGCCCAGGAAACGCAGGCUGGCCUCGCUGAAUGCAGAGGCAGUGAACAAUCUGCUUUUUGAACGGGACGAUGGCUUAUUAUCCAGCAGGCGUUUUCGGAGGGACUCCAUUAAAGCCAGUGGAGACUGCACUGUGAAGAGCUUGCAUUGCAAAGCUGGUGACAACUGGCCUGUGCUGGAAAAAACAGCUGUGAAAACAGGUAAAGGAAAAAACCGGCAUGAGCCCAGUCAGAAAUGCAAUAGCUGUGACCAUUCACUGGAUGAGGUCUUCGAUGACGGGACAAAGAGGGAGGAUGGUGCCAUCUCCUAUCACCCUACCCCAAAGAGACUGGCCAGUCUGAAUGCUGUGGCCUUUCUGAAGCUGACCCAUGAGAAAGACCAACCACUGAAGCAGAGGAGUAAAUCGGAUGGAGAAGGCAAGUCCGAGAACCACUGUUCAAAAUCUACACUCAAAUGGGCCAAAGCCGGUAGGAAGAAUUGCGUCAAAUCCAAGAAGGAAAUGACUGGCUUAAAAAUGGAAGGUCAGCAUGGCUGGCGAGGACUUACUGUAGGCGCUUUUGGGAAAGGAGAGCAGCGGGACUCCUCUAGGCUCUAUGGGACAACAGAACCUGUCCCUUAUGAAUCACUGUCUAGCUCCUAUGCUAGCACAGAGGGUUUCUACCACAGACUGCCUUUGCUUAUGGGCGGACAAGCUUCCAUGAAGCCAGAGUAUGGAAGACCCGGAGAGAAAUCCCCAACCCCCAAACAGGAAUUUCAUCAGCCUUCCUUUCCUGCACAGCAGUUCCCUCCCUUGCCUGUGCCCGGAAAUCACACGGAUUGUGGAUGUCUCUAUGAAUCCUCGGAUCUGACUCCGUUGAAUGGGUUUUACGUUUAUUAUGGCCAAAGUGGAUACAGUGGCUACUCUCACUGCUCCGUUUACCCCAAGGACGAGCUUUCGCAAUCUGCUACCUGCGAGGGGCUCUUGGUAUCGCCCAGUUCCUUGCCAUCAGGUGCUCAUUUCCAGCCACUCCACUGGUGUAACUCUCCGUACUGUUGUGGAGAAGGAACGGCGAUUAACAGUUACAGCGUUUGCGGAGUUGUGCACGUACCAGAGGGCAGGAUUAGCAGCGUGCACGCAGGACGGAACAGCUACCCCUACAAAAUGCCUUUUGCAGCAGAAGGCUGCAAGUCUCUGGACCAGCUGAACCUCACAAUCCCUGUGGCAGGGCACCCCGCGUCACCUGCCCACCCGCUCUCAGGAUGUCCUGUACCCAGUGUGCCACCGGCUGCAGAACCCGUUCCUCAUCUGCAGACCCCCAACUCUGAUCCUCAGACCAUGGCCCGAGAAUGUCCACAGAGCUCAAAGCCUCCCAGCGGCUCCAAAUCCGGUCUCCGAAAUACUACGGGCUGUCUCCACGCCUCCGACAGCAAAGCAGCGGGAGGUCAUUCCCAUCCAAAGCAGCAGCGCAUUAGCAGGCGGAGAGCUACCAAUGGCUGGAUACCGGUUGGCACAGCCUGCGAGAAGGCCGUCUACGUUGUGAAUGAGCCAGAGCCGGCUGUUCGCAAGAGCUAUCAAGCUGUGGAGAGAGAUGGGGAGAUUAUCCGGGUACGAGAUACUGUCCUCUUGAAAUCAGGACCCCGGAAGAAAUCUAUGCCAUAUGUUGCGAAGAUAUCAGCACUGUGGGAAGACCCCAAAACAGGGGAGCUGAUGAUGAGCCUCCUGUGGUAUUACAGACCGGAGCACACUCAGGGAGGCCGCAACCCCAGUAUGCACCAGAAUGAGAUCUUUGCAUCCCGGCAUCAGGACGAAAACAGUGUUGCCUGCAUAGAGGAGAAAUGCUACGUGCUGACCUUUGCAGAGUACUGCAGAUUUUGUGCCUUGGCAAAGCGUCGAGUCGAAGGGAUCCCAGGCAGGAAAACAAUUAUGGUUCCUCCCUCGGAAGAGUACUCCACACCUCUGCACCGCAAGGUGCCUGAGGACACUGACCCUGAGCUGGUUUUCCUCUGUCGUCACGUCUACGACUUCAGACACGGGCGCAUCUUGAAGAACCCGCAGUAGCACCAUUCUUCAGUCGGACCGCGGUGAGGAUGAGUGGCACCGGAGAGCCGACAGCGGGCGGAUGGUCUGGGACAUCUGUGCACUCUCGACAACUUACCUUGUGCUGCUUGCAGAUGAGAGCGCCCAGCGCUCUUUCCUCGGACUGAAAAGUGUGCGCAGGAGCAGAUCCCUGUGGAGGAAGGCAGCAGUUGAAAGCACAGCACUUCAUUAAAAGCAUAAAUGAAAAUAUAUACGUAUAAAAUAAAUAUAUGUAUAUAGAUAUAGGUACUUGCAUAUGUAAAUCUAUAUCUAUAUAUGUAUCUAGAGAUGCAUAUAUUGGGAGGGAUUUGCAGGGGAUAAAAGCCAGUAAACUGAAUCCAGAGCCAUCACUGGUGGGAAUGGUGGAAAGGUGCAGGAGGGGUGCUUUGGUGCAUUGUCUGAGUCAAGCUGUGACAGUUCUGUGGUUUUCGUGCCCUGAUGUGAAGUGCGAGGACCAGUUCCUUGGCAGAGCACAGGAGAGUCUCCUUUGUCCCACAGGACAGACUGUGAGGAUUCCUGGUGGGUGAGAUCUGCUUCAAAAUACAACCGUUGCUUUGGAAGCUACCUGGAUGCAGAGUGGCCUCGUGUCGUGCUUGAAUAGGUUUUGCUCCGUCAGGGGGAGAGGUGACCCCUAUUUUCCCUCAUCUUUCUCUUCCCCUCACCUCACUGUUCUUUGAUUCACUGCCUGGACUGGGCUUGGCAGCCAGGCUUGGAAAUCUGCUCCAUCGCAGAGCAGAGAGGGAGCUGGCAAGAUCAUAGGCUUUACAUCCCAGUGCAGUGUUACGGAGAGCUGUGCCCCUGUCGCAGAUGCCCUGACCUUGCCCCAAAGGAUCUUGUGCCCCAAAAAGCGCAGCACCAGCAGGCGUGUGUCGCUCUGAAGCUGGGAGCACACAAAGUGGGCUCUGCUGGCGAGAACUAUGUUUUCUUUUCUGAGUAUUGCUUUUUCUCUAAUGGCUUAAGGGGCCGUAGCGAUAGAAGUGGGUUUACUCCUUCCCAGUUUGUUUUCCUGUAACAUCAUUUACAGUCCCUGUUUAACGCCAUACAUCUUCAGUGUGAAGAAGCUAGAGGCUGGAGGGUGAAAUGGCAAACCCUUUUCUUGAGUGUUUUUUGGCUUUUUAAAAUUUUAACUUCCCUCCCCUGAUGUGACUCUCCUGACCCUGGGCGUACUGUUGAAGCCAUCAGCAGUGCUGUCUCAGUGCUGCCUUGCAGCCCCCCCCCCCCCAAACUCAUCUUGGCAUCCGAGCAAGCUCACCAAAGUGGCUUUGUGGCUCCUGAAAGGAACUGAGCAUUGGGAAAGGUUCGCAUCGGCAAAUGUGACCCGAGCCCCACAGAUAUUGCCUCUUGCCUUACGUGUAUAGAUCCUAGAUAGACGCUAGUUUAUCUUAACGCAAACUGUUCGAGUUUAAUUCUAAAGCAAACCAAAGGACAGUGUAACAGUCCGUUUGAGUCACUCACACCAAGCUGGGAGUCCAUUUCUAGAUUGCACUAACGUAAAGAAGGAGAAUCAACACCAUCUUGGCCCAUGUUCCUGCUGGCUGGAGUUGCUCAUUGAAACUAGGGAUCUGCAUUUUUCCGGUCUUUUGGGGCUUCUGAACUUGUGUUAAAUGGUAGAAGUGUUCGUACUGCUUUAAUGUUGUCCUGUCAGUGGAAGUAGCACUACCUGUACUCCCCGCGGGCACCAGCACAGUGGGAACGGAGGGCUUGUUGGCUUGCUCCAACGGCUGCACACCUGCCUGGCCUGGAGAGAAAACCCCAUAGCAGCAAAUGCGUUACAUGGAAAUAGUUGAUUAAUGCGGGAGUUCUCCAGAGAUUUGCUCUACAUACCAAAGAGGGGAACGUGUCUAGAAGAUGAUGACUUGAGAGAAGACAAGAUCUGGCACCUGCCCCAGUGGGCGAGCAGGGCACACGUCUCCUUGCUGUCAGUGGACGAUCCCUGCUCAGUGUUGCCAAGGAUGCUGGAAAAACCCUAUUUAUUCUUGCCUGUGUAGCCUGGGGCAAAACCCCAGCUCCAGGAGGUUUGAUCCUAGGUGUGCGAGCACGAAUUUGCGGGUGAAGCGUCUUAUCUCAUUUAUACCUCAAGAUACUGUUAGUGUCAAAGUAAUUGCUCAGAUUUCUCCUUAACAAUUAACUUGGGCACUGGUGGUCUCUUGGAAAGAUGCGGUUGGGCUGCUGAUACGGUGGUGCUGUAUCAGGAUGGGAGUCGGGAGCGCUUCGGGGGCUCUCGGGUGAAGGUGCCACGGGGAUGCAAGGAGGUGUUGGAGAAAGCGGUCUCUGAUGCCGCCAGGAGAGGAUGUUAGGCGGCUCUGCUCUUCAGCAGGGAGGGAGGAUGCUGGAGAAGCAGAGCCGCUCCUGCCCGUUGCGAAAGAGGGGAUCGUGGCUGCCCGGGGCAGAGCAGUGCAGGAGGGGAACGGAGCAGCUGCACCCUGGGGCCGUGGCACGCGAUGGUGGCGUGGGAAGCCCUAAAUGCACGUGCUUGACUUGGCAGGGACUGCUGUGACACCCAGCCAGAAGCAGGCAAGCUGCCUGCGGCCGCCUUCCUCUAGCAAAAGUGCCAUCAGAUGCAGGAUGCUUCAAGACCCACCUGCCAGGCAAACCCUGAGCAUUGCUGCACAGUCAGGGAAGGGUUUGAAACCCAGCCUUGGAAACCACAGUAACUCGCUGAAACUCCUUCUUGUGAACCCUCUCCCCCCUGCUCCCACCUUUGUCCUGGCUCCUCUCCAGGUAGAAGAGAAAUUGUACUUGCCCUGGGUCUGGAACGGGCUUUGGCCUGUGUCUGGAGAGGACAAAUCCUGACUCUUCUCAUGUUAGAAUCUGCUUCAGGCCAAGAACAUUGUUCAAGAUUCACGUGGUUGCUUAUGCUGUUGUGCAAACAGCAUGUAAAUGAAUUGAAAUGUCUUAUCCAUAAUGAAAAUAUUUCAUGCUUUUUUAAUCUAUUAGAUAUGGAAAUAUUUUUUGAAACUGAAAAUGCAGUCGGUAGAAUUUAAAUUGAAACGUAAUACAUGUAAAAUAUAUUUUAGUUGAUAAUUUUGUAAAAUGCACUUUUUUGUGUCUCUUCCCUGGUUUCCCAGAUCUGUAUUUCAGUGUUUACAGAUGGAAUGAGAACAUUCCCUAUACCCUCCUUCUGUGAGAAAGAUAUAUUAGAAGUAAUUCUUAAAAAAUAAAUUUGAAAAAUCGUAUUGAUUUAGAAAACAAA